CAGAUCAAACUUUAGUCAGUUAGUAGAGGAAGACCAUUUUUAGUAGGUAGGUGGUGGACACUUGGAUUAAAACAAAUUGACAAUUGAUCGAUAAACACAAUAAAAAAAUCAUAUACUUAGGCUUUAACCGAAGAACCAGAAGUGUUAACCCAUCCCGUCCAAAAUGGUUAAUGUCUUAAAAGGAGUUCUCGUUGAAUGUGACCCAGCUAUGAAGCAAUUUCUUCUAUAUCUGGACGAGACAUCGGCAUUGGGGAAGAAAUUUAUCAUCCAGGAUUUGGACGACACACACGUUUUCAUCCUAGCUGAAGUUGUGCAGAUUCUCCAGGAGCGAGUAGGUGAACUGAUGGACCAGAAUUCAUUCCCCAUCACCCAGAAAUAAAUGUCUGAAUCGGACAGCAGACCCUACAAUCUGUGGGAGCAGAUGGAUGUGGAGAUUCUUUCAGCACAAUUGCACAAACAGAUGUAACUGAAAUGUAUAGACGACUGGGUACCAAGAUGAUGCCUGUUAUCCUUGGUUUAGUUUGUUGCAUACACUUUUCAUCUGAGAGAAUUAUAAUUUUCAAGUUCUUUAUGUUGCAUAUGUUUCAAAGACAGCUGCUUGAAUCUUUGCUGUGUUCUGACAGUAUGGUCAAUGAAAUGUGUUUUGCGUGGAAAAUGGCAGUAGCUGCAGAAAGAAACAAUAAAUU